GAUUACCUAGCAGCUAUCGCCUGAAAUAGUAAAUUUGUUUUGAAACGCGAUGCCGAACGUCUUCACAAUUUUUCCAUUAAAACAUGUAUAAAUUGACUCAAGGCCCAAGCAAGUUCAAUGUUUCGAAGAGAAGGGGAUUACAGCAACCAGUAGAUGAAGGAGAAAAUGGCCGUAACAUGAUCAACCCACAGACUUCACCUAGACCUUCCUUUAGUAGUGCUGUUAUAUCAGGCCGUAAAAAGGAUCACCACUCAAAACUACCAGGGCUUUCUGUCGACCACUUUGGACGAGACCACUAUGAACUAGUCAAGAUGUUGAAUACAGAAUGGGAAAUGACACAAAAGGAACUCAAUGACUGUAGACAGGGAAGAAAAGGAACGUGUGUAGAGGAAUUUGUAGAUAAAGAAGAAAAUCCAUCUCUUAGAUAUUUCAAGCCCUUUGACUGGGACAGCCUAUGCCUCACGAGACUAAUGCCUGUCAUGGAUGGAGAGACAUAACGAUGACCUUCAUCCUCCCGUCCCUGUACUAUGUCCAUCUCCUAGCACCUUUACGUGAAAGGCAGAAAGGCAUUAGAAAAAUCUGUACAAAGUCUAUUACAUUAAUGCCUUUCUGCCUCUCAACGGACACUGUAUUACGAAGCAAGUACACUGGUGAUAUACUGAUGAAUUUAGCCCUUUGAAGCGCAUUGGUCAGCCUCAGAUUUUACUCCGACUCAGGGUCUAAAUGAUGCCUUUUUAUGAGUGGGAUGGGUGUGAUGUAUGGAGUAGCAAUCAGAAUUAGAGAGAUAUAUAGAGAGAUUCUUAUGAAAGUAUAUAUAUAUUUUUUAUAGGAGAGGAGCACAUUCUUACUGUAUGGAAAAAAUAUAUGAUAGAUUGAAUGGGUGUGGAAAGCAGAAUGAGAAUGUAUUCACUUUGAAUAUGUAAUGCUGGAAAUUACUUGUAGUUCCUUCACUUCAUCAAUGUUCUUGGGGAAAAGAAUGAUGAUUGGGGAAUUCAUUUUGUCAGCUGUCCGCAAAAAGGCCAUUAAUAAGAGCUAUGUAUAGGCAAUGGCCUUCUUGCGGACAGCCCAACAAUUUGCUCUUUGAGAACUUAGCAUCCAAGUCGCUUGCACUUUGCAAUUCAUUUGGCUUGUUAGAAUAUUGAGCUUUAGUCUUCAAGGGUGUGUGGUUUGAACAGUUCUUUUACCAACUUUGGGGGGUCUCGGGGGAUGAGGAAAUUUAGUUUCACUCGCAUGUGGGUUUGGUAAUUGCUUGGAUUUUGGUAAUAUUGUUAGACUUACUUUACUCUCUCAUUAUUUGGAUGUUUUCUUGUGUACUGUUCGUACCCCUCAGCAUGAGUGAAAUUUUCCAAAAGCUUUGCAUCAUCCUGUGUUGAGGUGAAUUGCCUGCUUGCUUAUAAAUAAUUAAAUAUCCACUCCAAGAUGUUUGAGCUUCACCUAAAAAGCCUUGGCAAUAAGUUAUAACUGAAGGAUUCUGUAGCUCAGUCUUCAUGUUGCUCGCAAAUGAGUAGCAGUUAACAUUUAUGUUGGCUUUUCAAUUGUACAUGUACUACAAUUGCUGGUAGUAUACUUGAAUGUGAGGACCAGUGAUGAAAACACGACUACUUGGGAGUAGAAACUAAUGUAAUACAUGUAUAAUGUAAAUACAAGAAUUUAAAUAGCUCUAUAAAACCGAAAAAUCAAGAACUACAGGUAUGAAAAUAAUAUUGAGGAAUGUGGACUUUGCCCUCUAGGAAAUAUCUGUUUCUAUAGAUUUUUUUGUUUAAAGACUAAUAAAAAACAAGUUCCUGUUAAAAAAUGCAUUUUCUUUACAUUGGUGGAAAUAUGCUGAACUUCUGAAAUGAGAGAGGGAAUCUCAUGGCAUUCAGAGAUGACAAUCCUUUUGUAUUCAGUCAGGCUUCAUCGAAUGAAUGGAA